AUGGAUGUGAUAUAUAGAAAUAUAACAAACAAAUAUUUUGAUUACAGACGAGAAAUAAAAAGAAAAAGAAAUCGAUUUAAAUUAUCGGCAUAUGAAGAACUAAAUGAUAAUGAUUCAGGUAGAGAAAAUCUGCUAAAAAAUGAAGACAUUGAAAUGCAAGAAGAAAGUAUGUUACCUCCACACUGGAUCGAAACAACAGAAGAAUGUACAGAAGAUAUAAAUAAUAUAAAAACAAAGUUAUUAGAAUUACAAAAAUUACAAAAAAAUAAACUUUUUAAUGUUUUAAAUAAUGAUGAAAAAUUAUCAGAAGAAAUAUCACAAAUGUCAACUGAUAUAACUAUGUUAAUAAAAAAAUGUGAACAAAAAAUUCAUACUAUAUCUAAUGAUGAUGAUAAUAAUAAUGUGAAUAAUAAAAAUUAUAUUAUUGAGAAGCUUAAAAAAAAUGCAAAAACUAGUUUAAUUUCUCAAUUACAAUAUAUUUCUAAAUCUUUUCAAAAAAAACAAAAUAAUUAUAUAAAAGAAUUUAAAAAAUUGACAAAUAAUUGUGAUCAAGUUGAGCAAUAUCAAAUUGAUACAUCCAAUAAAAUUUAUAAGAAACAAAAUUCAGACAUAUUUAUACAGGGAGAAAUAAACGAAGAAUAUAACAUGCAUGAACAGCAAAGCCUAUAUGAACAGCCAAAUCAAGUCAACUUAUUAAACCUUAACAAAAGAAAUAGUGAUUUACAAAAAAUCACCAAUACAGUAAUUGAUUUACAUAACAUUUUUAAAGAAUUAUCAGUUAUGUUAGUUGAUCAAGGGUCCUUAUUAGAUCAAAUUGAUUAUAACAUAGAUAUGUCUUUAGAUAAAAGUGAAAAAGGUUUAAAUCAGUUAAAAAAAUUAGAGAAACAAGAAAAUGGCAAAAUAGCAGCACGAUGUGUCUCAUUUUUAACAACUCUCAUUUUUAUUCUCUUGAUAUUAAUAAUUUUGAAACAUUUGUAUUGA